AUGGCAGACAUAUUUUUAAAAGAAUCUCCUGGUUACAACAACACAUUAGUAACUACCUCAACACCUUACAAAAGCAUAGAUGAUCAUGACAGUGGUUACAAUACUCCAAGUUAUAAUGUUUCCUCUAAUCUCAGUCAGAUAUCCGAAGUAUCUAUUUCGUUCGAUCAUUCACCAUCGGAUAUUGAUUCACUUCAACUAUCUUCACCAACUCAUGAUUUUACCCUGGACAAAAACUAUGGUAAAUUAGAAGAUAUUACCAAUACAGUCGAGUCUCCAACGAAAAAAUUAAAAUUGUGCUCUGACUUACAAUUUAGUUUUCGUUUACACGAAAGUUCAAACAAUGAUGACAGUCUGUUCUUAAAAAGAAAAAACUACACUCCACCAAAAAAUGUGAACUGUGAACGUACUUCUAUGGAAGGUCGAGAAAAAGUUGAUUUAAUGUAUUUUCUGUCGGAGCGUUAUCAUUUCCAACCAGUCAUAGAAAAAAUAAUGUCUUUUUUAUCUGGCAGUGACGUUUUGUCAAUGUCUAUGGUAUCUAAAAUUUGGUCUACUGCUGUUGAAAAUUCCCCAAUUGCUCAAAAAAAAAAACAAAAGUAUUUUAAGUUAUCAAAAGAAAAUCGCUGUGGAUACGUUGGCCGAGACCGUUCAGCUUUUAAUAACAAAGGAUGUCUAGCAAAUAUUAGCAAUGUUAUGCGUUCUCCAUCAAAAAGAGAUUUACCUCAAAGAAGUCCUCCUGUCAGUCCGAGUAAAUACAGAUUCCAUGUAUUUCAAAAAGAAGCCAAAAAAUUAAGUUCAGAUCAGCAAUUGGUACCUUGUCCACGUUGUUCAAGGCCAGCAUCAUGGUCACCCUCCCAAUCAACUCGAGCUGAAUGUAAAGGUUUUCAUUGUAAAUUCAUUUUUUGCACAGAGUGUAAGUGUGAAUAUUCUAACAAAUUUGAACACAAAUGUUUAUCUAUACCAAUUUUGUCAAUGUCAACAUAUAACAACUGUCGUCCAAUGGUGUAUAAUAUCAGUAGAAGAAAACACAACUUACGAAGAUUAUAA